GUUAAACGCAAACGGGGAUCCUAAGCAAGCUCUAAUCUUCAGGAGACCGUAGGUUUAGCCACAAACUCAAAAAAAGUUACACGGAUAACCAGAGGGAAGAAAAGACUAGAAGCAUGGCUAAUAGCAGCGAACACUACAAUUCAACUGGUCCUCUCUCGUAUCCUCUUUACGGAACAAAGAGUGAUCCAUCGGAGGCACUACCUGUCGAAGUAGUAAAACUAACCCUCUAUGCAUCAUGUGCUUCGUUUGGUGUUAUCGGCAACAUUCUGGUCACCGUUAUUUUGAAUAGGAUCAAGGUGAAAGAAACUCGUGUAAUGGACUUCUAUAUGAUCAACUUAGCCAUCGCAGAUUUAGGAACAUUGCUGUUGGCUUUGCCAUUUGCUGCCACGCGAGAAAGACUUCCUAACUACUGGCCAUUUGGAGAAUUUGUUUGCCUGUAUUUCCUUCCAGUAGUCGAAAUAUUUCAUGGAUCAUCUGUUUGGUUCAUAACGGCAGCUAGCAUAGAACGAUAUCAAAAAAUCGGCAAGCCGUCAAAAGUAAACUUUAAACUUCGAGCUUCAUUGAAGAAAGCAAAGAUCGUUGCUGCGUGCGUAUGGAUGGCUUCGUUUUUCUUGUUUUCUUUUCCAUUGUAUUUUGUCGUUCGCUACAGAGAGAUAUCUAACGAAGGAAAAAUUUGGUGCGGUGCAGAAUGGCCACUAUGGGGUAAAGGGUUUGUUUUACCUCAGGCAUACCUCAUGUUGAUGGUUCUCCUUUCUUACAUAUUCCCACUUAUUGUUAUACUGUGGACAUUCCUUGCAGUGUCCCGAACGUUAAAUGAAAGUAGCAGGUUCAUCAAGACCAUGAAACAAGGAGAAGAUCGCGCCACAUUGGUCAUGAACCAUUGUGAUAAAGGUGACUGCACACCCAGAAGGCGUAGUCUCCGUAUCGCUCAAAACAAACGUGCUAAAGCGAUUUUGACACCAGUUGUUGUAGUUUUUGCAGUUUUCAUGCUGCCCCUAGCAAUGCUUCGACUAUGCAUUGUAUUUUGGCCGCCUAUUGUUGUGCAAACAUCUUAUGAAAACUUGAUGUUUGUGGUCUCACUUGGAGUCAUUAUCAACUCGUCCACGAAUCCGUUGAUUUAUUCGGUUAUUAAGAAGGACUUUCGGCGUGAAUUGAAACGGAUAUUUCAGUACAGCAGGACUUGACGAGUAUAGAAGGACAUACCCAGCUGAUUUAUCGAUUUUAUUUGUCGUUCAAGUAAGGAUCCUUUAAAGACUACCCCCUUCCCUCCCCCCCCUAAAUAUCUCCAUAUAUUUAUAUAGUGUAACAAAAUAUACAAUGCGUUUCAUUCUAGGGACGUUUUAGCAAUGAUGUUUUAUUCUUCAAGGUCCCCAUUAAGUUGCUUUUUUGUACCAUUCUAUAUUUGACACUUGUACAUAUUUCAUCAUAUUUAUCCUCAACCGGCAGAUGUCAGUAGA